UAAGUCUUGACUUUACGAACACUUUCUCUUAUAACAGGUUUUGAUAAAAUUCGAGAAUUUGAAAAUAAACGAAAUAUCAUAAUUAAGAAUUGUUGUUCUUGAAUAAUAACAUUCUCAUUGACGUGGUUAUCGUGAUGCAAUCAUGGAGUAAAUAAUAUUUCAAUGCACACGAUGGCGUGGUAGUUCAAAAAAAUGAAUGUUUGAGUUAUUAUCACGGUGUUCAACAGCUGCAACUGUUACUCCAAGACUUGAUAAUAAUAAUAAUAAGUACUUAUUAUAAAUUUAUCACGAUGUACGCCGCUUAUCGUUUUGAUUGUUUCCAUUUCGUUUUUUUUUGUUUCUUACAAUCACGCGGUGCUUUCUAACAUUCAGGUACUAAAUAGAAAUAUUAACACUGGAAGUAAUAUCGGACCACGGGAAAUCCUACGCAUAUAUUAGUUGUGGUUGGUUAGGUGUCUUUUUUUUCGUAUUUAUCCAUUAACGAUCGUUUCGGUUUCGGUUCCAUUUAUAACCUACUCGAUUAGGCCGUUAUGAAAAUGAUAACAGUCGUAAUAUCCAACGGAUAGUUUAACCUUUGUUGGCUUGUUCCACUUUUUGGUUCAUCUAAUCACUCACAAGAAAACGGAAACCGUUAUUAAUAUGAAUUACUGAUUUUCCCGGUUAACCUGAGAUAUUAUGGACCCGUUCAAGAAGUAUUUAAACAACACUGCCCUUUUUUCUAUUGUUUCAGACUAUAUCACAAAUUAUGUAAAUUUUAUCAAUGAAAAACCAUUAUCUUUUGUUUUGGCACCAUUAACAUUAACUAUUUUCUGCUAUUACAUUUAUGUUUAUAUCAGAAAAUUUUAUCCAAUCUAUGUUAAUUGUUGGUUUUGCAAUGCUAAUUUUAAAGUGGCAUUUGAGGACCGAUUUGAAUACACAUGCAUUGAAUGUGAACAAUUCAAUGGCUUUAAAAAGGAUGGAAGUUAUAGCAAAAUAAUUCCUGAACAACAUGAUCAAAGAUUAAAUAGGACAGUUUUUACUGUAAUCCAAAAUAAUGUUAAGGAAAGUAAAAAUGGUUUAUGUCAUACAUGCAAUAUUAUUCAAGAAAUGAAAAUAAAACAACUUGCCGCUUUCACCCCUAUUAAUGAAAAAAACUUUGAUAGGGAAAUAGAAAUAUUCAAGGAAAACUUGGAAGAAACAUUAAAAUUGUGUUCAAAAUGUUAUAUUUUUUCAAAAAAAAUUUUAUCUUUGCAAGAACAACGAUACAGCUUAAAGUCAACUCGGAUAAACAAACAAGAUAUUCGAGAUGUUAGUGAUUGGCCUAACGUAUGUUCAUUGUUUUUAUCAACUAUUGUUUUGCUAUUAUCUUCUAGUGCUAAAAAUUACUUAAGUGAUUGGACUGCAAAUUUUAUUGACACAUCAAUUUUUGACAACAGUGUUGUAAUAGUAUCAUACUCGAUUGGAAUGGCUAGUCUAGGUGGUAUAUUGUGUCAAGUAUACCAUUGUUUAACUACAAUGGAUAAAUUGAGUGGCAUUAUAAUGUUAUUGUGGUCAAUAUUAUUUGUUAUUAAUAAUUUUGAAAUAUUUAUAAAUUUCAAACCCAAGCUUCUUGUUUCUGUAUUUAUUGUACUUCUAUCUUCAACAUCUAUACUGAAAAAUUUAACUAGAAAACAAAAAAUUCGUCAAACUAGUAUUAAAUUAGAAGAUGAAACUUACGAAUUUCCUACUGCAAAUUACUAUGAUAUAAGUACAAAUGGAUCGGGUAAAAACAGCGAUGAAUCAGAAAUGAUGGACAUAGACUACACAGAAAAAGAGUCUCCUAAAAGGGUAAAAAAAUUGAAUAAAUCUGUGAAUAACUUAUUCCAAGGGAUGAAACUCAAUGAUAACCGUGGUGUCAAAAAUAAUUUUAUUCGACCUCCAAAAUUAUUUGUGCAUACAAAACGUGACAAGUUUGCAGGAUAUGCCGAAACAUCUCCUGGAUAUUACCCAUCGUAUUCUAUGAAAGAUGAUUAUGAAUUUGAUACACAGAGUGUUUAUUCUCAACAGAGUUAUAGAUCUCAUUGCUCAGCAUUAUGUCAUCAGGCCGUUUCACCUUAUACAUAUUAUGCUCCUCACCACCACCAGCAACCAAGUCCUCUGAAUCUGUCACAUACAUCAAAUAUUUCAAACAUACAACAAUCUUCUGAAUGGUCGAAAAUGUUGAUGUAUUCAAUUCCUGGGUUUAUAUUGCUAACUCUCCAGUGUUACCUACUGUAUGACAUUAAAGACUAUAUGAAACAAAAGUGAGAUUAGAUUUAAAUAUUUUAACAUGUACAAAUUUUAUCAUGUAUAAUAAACCUUAAUAUAAUUGUAAAAUUAUUAACUGUACUGCUAUUAAUGUCUUGUAAAAUAGUGUUUAUUUUUAGUGCUAUUAUUAUAUAGACUGUUUAACUAUAACCGUUACCUUGUUAGCAUAUUGUAACUGUAACACACAUUGUAACUGUUUGAAACUGUUGUUUUUUUUUUCUUUUUACUUUGUAAACUUUGUUGUAUAAACGUCAAUUUAAUUUUUUUUUUAAUAAAUUCUUCCAGUCAUCAACUAGAAUA